AUGAGUUUUGUCGAGUUGCAAAAUGGUCUUUGUAAUAACAUUCAAAGCCACAUUUUCAAAAGGGUGAGCAAUCUUUUAUACAGAAGUCCUGUGCAAGUAUUUGGUGGGCUAAUACAGUUUCAAAUAAUGCCCAUCACUGACGAUGCCAGUAUGCAGCAGAUGUUUUAUAUUUAUCAACAAACCCGAUCUCAAGUGCCGAUGAUAGAGCUGUACGUUGAGUUUGAACAGCAAUCGAGGAUGAGUACGGUCGGCGAGGAGGUCAAUGUUGAUGAGUUCGGGGAUAUAGAUUGGGAAGAAGAUAAUAAUGAUAGCGAAGAGGAAUUCGAAGCUAACUAUAAAGUCGAUGACGAAAACGAUGACGGAGACUUGGCAGGCAAUCCAGCGGUGCAAAAUGAAGCGAAUGCCGUUGUAAGCCAACACCCGUUUGGUGUUCCGUCUUUUAUGCAGACUCUAGAUCUCGAAGUCAUGCAUGCCCCGGAAUUUCCUGAGUAUGCGAAUACGGGUGAAGGCAACGUUGCGACGGAAGAUGGCGAGUUUAGUGUCGGAAUAGAAGAUGGUUCGAGAGAGUCAGUGAUAUCUGCAAUCAAAAGCUACACCAUCUCUAGAAGAGUUGAUUACACUGUGUAUGAGCCUGAGCCGCAGACAUUCUAUGCGAAAUGCAAGGGGUAUGAUGCCAUUAGGCCGUUGGUCGAAGCAGACCCCUCGAUAAAGGUGAAGUCCGUUAUUGCAGAAGUUCAAGGCAGGUUCAACUACACUGUGAGUUACCGCAAGGCUUGGUUGGCAAAGCAGAAAGCUGUCGAAAAAGUUUUUGGUGAUUGGGAAGUUUCUUACCAGACUCUGCCAGUGUGGUUGAAAGCAAUGACAGUGAAGAUGCCAAGGUCUCGUGUUCAAAUUAAAACGCUCCCUGUUUACCGUGAGAGUGAGGAGGUUCAAGGUGUAAGAGUUUUGCACCGCAUUUUUUGGAGCUUCUAUCCGUGUAUUGUAGCAUUCAGACACUGCAAGCCACUGGUGCAGGUUGAUGGCACGCACCUGUACGGAAAAUAUAAAGGUGCACUUCUGGUAGCUGUUGCACAGGAUGGGAAUCAAAACAUUGUGCCUAUUGCAUUUGCGAUUGUCAAGGGCGAGACAGCAGACGCGUGGGAGUUUUUCCUAACCAAUUUGCGGAGAUAUGUUGUUACCAUUGAUGGUGUGGGUAUUAUUUCUGACCGCCAUACUUCCAUCGAUGCUGCAAUAGCUCGCAGUAACGGUGCAUGGUCACCACCAAGGGCGUGGCAUAUGUACUGCAUCAGGCACAUCGGGUCCAACUUCUUAAGGAGGUUCAAGGCUCCAUAUUUGCAUAAACUCGUGGUCAACACAGGCUAUUCUAGGACGGAGCAGGAGUACAACAAAAACUACCAAAGGUUUAAAGAGCAGGGUGAUGCAUAUACUCAAUGGUGCGAUGAGAUCGAUGUUGAGAGAUGGGUGUUGGCAUUCGAUGGUGGUCAUCAUUGGGGACAUAUGACAACAAACUUGGUAGAGUGUAUAAAUUCUGUCCUGAAGGGUGCACGCAACCUUCCUGUGACUGCCCUUGUCAAGUCAACUUUCUAUCGGCUGAAUGAGCUGUUCACUCGGAAGAGUACUGAGGCUCAUGACCAUCUCCGCAACGGAUUCACGUAUUCAGAAUUUGCAACGAAGAGAGUUGAAGAAAGCUUCCGACGUGCAGGAAACAUUGUGGUCAACCGGUUCGACAGGCGCAACGAGAUGUUUGUGGUCCGCGAAAUGCAAGAUGGUACCAUUUACACUGUUAAUCUUGCGCAACGACACUGCGACUGUGGCCACUUUCACUGUUAA